CCGAAAGUCUUCUCUCUUUCGCAGCUCUUUAACGGUAAACCCCAAACCCCUCUCUUCUCGCCUUCUCUCUGUCUGCGCCGUCGUCGUCGAUUUUGUUCUCCAUUUGCUAAAUUUAGAAGACUAGAAAUGAUAAAGAGACGGUUCUACAGGCUAGAACAUGCUGAUACUAAUGAUGCUGCAGAUUCAUCUUCAUCCUCAGACUCAGAUUCAGAACUAGAAGGACAAGCCACAGAAGAGUCAGAAGAUGAUGCAGUUGCAGAAGUGAAUGGAAAUGAUGAAUCUUGUUCAACUUCUUCUGGAUAUGAGCGUGAGGAUAGCUCAGCUGAUGAGAUUAAUGUUGAUUCAUCAGCUGAAGGUAUAUUUCAUGGUCUGAUGGUUGACAUUAGAAUUAUUACUAGUUGGAUAACUCAGGAAAGACAAAAUUUAUUAUCUUUUCUGGAGCAUAGUGAUGGGACAGGUGCUCUAAAUGAAGAUGAUGCCGAAAUUGGUAAUGAUGAAGAAAUCUUUGUAGAUAAUCAGCUUUCAAGUAAACAAGGUGCUGAAGUGACAAAGUCUAACACUAUAGCUGAAAAGGCAUCAAUGGCAGCUGGUGUUCCAGACUGUUUACUGCAGAUAAAAUCGGUUUUUAGAUGCAGGAUUUGCCCAAGAAUUAUCUGUUUAACUGAGGAAACCUUGAGGGCUCAUCUCAAUUCCAAGAGGCAUGCUCGAUCUGAUAAAUUACUGAAGGAACACAGGUUGAAGUCUAUACUCAAUGAUGAUGGUGAAAUUGAGAACCAGGAGACAGCUGGAGAGUUGCAUGCUCGAAUUGUGGCUCUUGCAGAGAACACUGAAAAAAACAAAAACAAAAACAAAAGACGACACCGAAAGAGGAAUUUGUCAAGCAAGGAGAAUACAAAUGAAAAAUCAAUCACUAAGAAGGCAAAGCAAUUGAUUGAGAGCCCAGCCAAGAAAAGGCGUAAAGGCGAGAACUGAAGUGUGCAAUCAACACUUACUGCAGGGGAUAAAUUGGCACCAAGGAAUUAAAUGAAGUGGUUUCCAGAUAGUUUCUGCCGAAAUACUAAAAUUUGGUAUCCUAAUUCCUAUGAGGCCUUAAGUCUUGCUGUAUAAAGUGCAAAGCAGUCCCUUAAAAUUGUUUGCGAUGUUAUUCUUGUUUUGAGCUUGAGUGUCAGUUUGUUGGAUCAGGAGCUGUAUCAUGCUCCGAACAAUUUUGGUUUUAACCCAGACAUCAAUUUUUUUUUCUUUUUUUUUUUAAUUCCAAUCUUAUAACUGAGUAUUAAAGAGACAUGAGGGCAUUUUGAAGAGAAAGAAAGGAAAUUUUCUAGCUGCCGGAUCAAACUUGAUUGUUAUUCUUGUUUUGUGUCGUUCCUUGUUGAACCUUAAGCCAUGUUUUAAAACCCAGCUUGGCUCGGCUAGUUUAACCGAUUCAAUCGGGAUCUAGAAGCUUCAACAGGUCGAGUUUAUAUUUUUCUUAUCCACCUAAAACCCUAGGAUUUGGGAGGAUAAUCAGCAAACAAUUGAUGGCUGGGAUGUUAGGACUUUUAAAGAGAAAGUGUUAGUUGAAUGCAAUGGUGGUGGCAGUGUUGAUUUUCGAUGAGUAAAUCGACCGGAAAUCGAACAAAACUGGUAACGGCAACAACUGACUUUUGCCGACGAUUGGCGAGGCUAACAGGGGUGGAGUGAGGUGGGUUUUGGUCGAGAGGAAAAGGAGAGUAAUUUCUGGGUAAUGGGGUGGGUUGUCAACAUCAGCGUCGAUGAGAUCUGGCCUGGAAUGUCGACGCCAACGUCGGUGAGAUUUGGUCAAAAUCAAACUUAUUUCGAGCAGAUAUUUGGUAUAUUUUAAGGGGAAUGGGUUCAAGGGACAAUUGGGGUUGCAUUUAGGGUGUCGUUGUCAUCAACCAGUCACCGACUGAUUUGUAUUUAGAGUGUUUUUGUUAAAUUUCAAACCUAUAAGGACUUAACAAAUUUUUA